AUGCCUCGAGUGCGCGCAAACGUCGGCCAGCAGUCUGCGGCGUCGCUCGCCUCCUCGCACGCGUCGCCCUCCCGAGCGGCCCAGAUUCCGCUGAACGAUGACAAGGAAGAGAAGGCCAAGCGACUGCAGUCCCGCCAGGCCCUCCAUUCGCAACAGAUGAGCCAGAUCAAGGCCGCCGCCGCCACCCCCCAGCGGAAGCGCAAAUCCAUGGGGCUGGGCGAGGGGCCGUCGACGCCCUCCCAGGACGACGAUGUCUACGGCCUGCGAGGAGAGCAUGUGACGCCUAUGAAGCGCGUGCCCAUCCUCGCCAACUUCGAAGAGUGGAUGAAGAUGGCCACCGACAACAAGAUCAAUGCGACCAACAGCUGGAACUUCGCCCUGAUCGACUACUUCCACGAUAUGAGCCUUCUCAAGGAAGGCGACAGCGUCAACUUUCAGAAGGCCAGCUGCACGUUGGAUGGGUGCGUCAAGAUAUACACCAGCAGGGUGGACAGUGUCGCAACCGAGACCGGCAAGCUUCUGAGUGGUCUGGCGGAUAGCGGGAACAAGAAGCGCAAGGGCGGCGAUGCAGAAGAGGAGGGAGGAGAAGAGGGCGAUGAAGAUGAGGAAGGAGAAGACGGCACGAAGAAGAAGGGCCGAAAGAAGACACAGAGAUCGGCGGAGGCCACUUUGGUCACAUCCUUCGACCAUCUGCGCCUGAAGAAGAUGGAGCUGGAGUUCUCCGUGGACCCUUUAUUCAAGAAGGCGUCGGCAGACUUUGAUGAAGGAGGUGCGAAGGGUCUGCUCCUGAAUCAUCUCUCCAUCGACAACACUGGCCGCAUUGUAUUCGACAGCAGUGAUGACGCUCAAGAUCCGGAGGUGGAUGACUCGCGACGAGAUAGCAUGGAGCCUGAAGGCGAGGAGGGAAAGGAGAGGGGGGAGCCCGAGCCACCAGUCGAAGAUGGACCGGUCGAUAUCGUAGCUUUGGGAGCCCGUUUCUUCCCAGAUCUUGACCAGCUGGACGAGCAAGACAUCUGCCCAUCACUGAAGACCUUCGAAUUGGGCGGCGGCGACGCCUCACUCGACCUUCCCUUCCUCAAAGCACCGGAGAAUUGGCGCGACGAGCAACCUGAACCUACUUCAGAGGGAAUUGACCAGACGGGGAUCAAUCUCAACGACAACACCGCAGCUUUCGGCAUGGAUGACGACGAUGCAGGAGUCGGCGGCUUUGAUUUUGGGCCUGAAGUUGGAUUCGGUGAAGGUGGCGAGGCUUGGGCUCGCGAGGCGGCAUUGCACCCACAGAUGCGCGUCUACAAUGCAACGGCCGGCGCCGAAUUUGGAGAUGACGCUGCUGGUGAGGUGGGAGUUUUUGACACCGACAGCAACACGUAUGGGGUCAGACUUCAACACAGACCCGAGCAUGACCAGGAAAAUAUACUCAAUUACUUUGACAACGCAAUGCAGAAGAAUUGGGCAGGACCGGAACACUGGAAAAUUGCGCGAAUAAAAGAAGCAAGCAAGGAAGGACCCAAGAAACCAAGGAAAGAGAAGGAGCCUUUCGAGAUUGACUUUGCUGCGCCAAUGUCCCAAGACCUUGCCAACUUGUUGUACACUCCCGCAACCAAUAACAGCGCCAUAUGCUUGCCCAAGAAAGACUGGAAGAGCCGAUCCCGAAAUCUCCUGCCAGACGAUAAACAUUUCAACUCCAAGGAUCUGCUCAAGUUGUUCUUGAAGCCGAAGGCGAAGCUAGGGUCACGCAAGCCGGGCAAUUCUAAGCAGCAAGGCCUGCUGCCCAAUGGAGAGGUCGACGAGGCGUACUGGGCAUCGCAUAACGCCGCACCUGCACAGCCACAUCCCAUGGACGACGAUGCGGUGCAAGGCGAUUACGACGCAAACUUCUUCCAGGACGAUGGUUUGCCCACGGCCGGGGGCAUCGACGAUGAUGACGACGAAUUCGUGGACGCACGCGAAGCUUUCUCCCCUGGCGCGGACGAAGUCGAUGCAGCAGGGCCGGUUGGCGCUGGCAUCGACAGCGUUGCUGGCCCUCAAGAACCCGGUGCAGGAGAAGCCUUUGGGGCAAACCUCGUCGCGCAGUCACGUCGAAUGCGGCCUGAAUAUGUGCAGUACGCACGUGUGGCGAAGAAGGUCGAUGUCAGGCGGCUGAAGGAGGAGAUGUGGCGAGGGAUUGGAUUUGAACAGAGACCCGAUCCCGAUGCUUCCACGUCAAGACCCCAGAUCCCAGCGCUUUCCAUGGACGACAAGUCUACACUAAAGUUCACCGACAUCAUGAACAACCUCCAACACGUGUACCAUAAGCAACAAAUGGCUGACAUCAGCACAUCGUUCGGCUUCAUAUGCCUGCUGCAUCUUGCCAACGAGAAAGGCUUGGUAAUCGAAAAUGUCGAUGGCUGGAGUGACUUGACGGUACGGAAAGACUUCGAUGCGAUUGUGUCAGAAGGCGGCGAUUGA